AUAACAAAUUUAUUUAUAUCGUCUGUAAUUGAAUAUUUUCCUUACGGAAAUAAAUAACUCUAAUCUAAAUAUGAAUACCAAAAACGUGUAAAGCAGAUUGCUUUAAUUAUUUCUACUGACCGUUAUAUCAAUGGAGCAUCAAAGAAAAACAAUAGAGAAUGUUCAUAAACAUCUUCCAGUUAUCUCACUAUUGCAGUGAUUCAGUCAUUUAUUUCUUCAAGUCAAAGUUGCGAUCAAAAACAAUCGCAAAUUGGACACAGAUUGCAAUCUGUGUCCACAAGCCGAACGAGUGGAAAUUUUUUUUAAUAAAAACUGUGUUACUCUUAAAAAAUUUGAUUGUAUCAUCAAUCUAAAGAGGGUGUAGUAUAAACGGCACGCAAAUAGAUUCUUAUAGAAGAAUAUCUUAAUAAAAAAGAACAUGCACCAUUUCCGCCCACAACAAAAGUCUGUUUAAAGAUUUACAACGAAUUCCAUGCUUGACCUCUCUCCAAGGAAGGGCGCUUCCGCAGAAGUGGUUUACUGAACUCUUAGAACCCCGUAUAUAAAAACAUGAGAAAUGAAAUAGAACGUCAGAUCAUAACUACAGAUUCAAGCUAUUCAAUAUGUCAAUUCUAAAAUUUUUGAUGAUGGCACUGGUCUUGGUAAUCGGUCAAAAUCUAGUGAACUGUGGUUUUUCCGAUCCUCUUGACAAUCCUGCCAAUGUUGAUCACGUGAUUACCUCUUUGAAAGUCCCCAAAAUAAAAGACAACACAACCACAGCAGCAGCAGCAAACCUUGAGCGACAGGCCUUCUUCCCCAUGUCAACUUUCGCGACUCUGGGAUCUAUGGGAGGAUUACGAACCAUCAUGAUGGGCGGCAUGCUGUAUGGACUUUCUCUGAUACCCGCCGUAAUGAUGGCUAUGGGUGGGAACGGCUUGAGUGGCAUCAUGUCAUCACUAAAGCUAAGGAGAGACACAAGUUCUGCCAAGCUGCCAUUGCUGUCCGAAUCACAAACGAGAAGGCUUCUUCAGAUGUUGCAUUCAGCUUUCAGGCAAUGGAAUGUUGCAGAUGAUUUAUGCAAGCAACUCUUCGUUUGUCAGAUGUACAGACAAGUGUCCCAAAAUGGAGUCAGUCCUGAUUUGGAGCUUUUCAAGGAAGCUUUACUGCACAUGUUGGAGAAAGGCGGCCACAAGAGGGCAGGAAGAGCAGCAGAACAACUAUUGAAUGAAUACAAUCAUUACUUCGUUGCAGCUAAACUAGGAAUGGAUCAAGACAAUUGUGAAGAACACUACCAAAAAUGCAACCUGAGUCUCUACCCUAAAGGGGAUGGGUUCAAAAAAGUCGAAAAGAAAACAAAAGCAAAAUCAACAACGCUUUAAUGCUGAACAUUCUUACAUGAGUCCUUGAACUCAUGACUUCCGACAAUUUCGUUUCUUUUGGUUCGACUGUUAUGGCUAUAAUUUGAAGUUCAAUCAUACUAUUGUUUACUUUGCCUACAUGUUUUUCAAAGUUGGUUAUUUUUUUUAUUUAUUUUGUUUAUUUAUUUUUUUUAGAUACCAAAAACAUAUUAGGCACUUUUCAUAUUAUUCUCUAGUCAUUGUAAAGUCCUGUUUCCACCUGAUGAUAAAAACAGAUAUUUUCAUAUAUCUUGAUAAAUUAUUCUUUCUUACUUUGAUAAAUUAUCUUUUCUAGUAAGGAUCUAUGAAAUAUUUAAUUUUUUUCUUCUUCGAAGGAACGAAUUAAGAACUGUCGUUUGCUUAUUCUGAUGCCUUUCUAAGUUUAGUGCUUUAAUUAUUCGUGAUAUAUUAGAUCAAUUCUUUAUUCCUGUUAACGAAUAUCUUGUCUUAUCAGAUAUUUUCUUACUUCGAUAUACAAAAGUUUUCUGAAAGAAUAAUUUUGACUUCUUAGUGUAAGGAAUGAAAUUUUUACUAUUCUAAGGUAAAAUUAAGACUAGUAGAGAAUUUUUUUAUCGGCCACCCCUCUUCCAAUGGUUUUGUGAUGUAAACGUCAACAGCUUAUUCUCUUUAAGCUUUAGAAUUAGAAUCUUCAAAGUGAAUAAUUUUCUCUUUGGAAUUGAAAUUGUCAAAGUGAAAAGUCAGUCCGUUUUGGUUUGUUUAAUUUAAGAAAAAUUCAAACCUCUAGGUAAUAAAGUUUAUUUGCAAGGAAGGGUGAGUGUGUUAAAGACGGGGUAUUGGAAAAGUAGUUGCCUAUGAACUUUCGGGUAUAAAAAGAAAUAUAUUGUUUUUGAUUUCGCCUAUUUAUUAUUCAUUUAUAUAUUUCUUUUUGUUAGCUGGUAUUCUAAAAUAAAAUAACUUUCUAAUUA